GAGAGCUCUGCCCGGCUGAGCAGCCGAAUGGGCCGGGUGGGGAGUGCAGAGGCGGGGGCCUUCGGGGCCGAACUGGGCCUGCGGAUCGCAUUGUUUGCAGCUUUCCUGGUAACAGAGCUUCUCCCCCCCUUCCAGAGGCUAAUCCAACCGGAGGAGAUGUGGCUUUACCGGAAUCCGUAUGUGGAAGCAGAGUAUUUCCCUACCAAGUCGAUGUUUGUCAUUGCAUUUUUCUCGCCACUGUCUCUGAUCCUCCUGGCCAAAUGUCUCAAGAAGGCAGACACAACAGACAGCAAACAAGCCUGCCUGGCUGCCAGCCUUGCCCUGGUUCUGAAUGGUAUCUUUACCAACACAAUGAAACUGAUAGUGGGGAGGCCACGCCCAGACUUCUUCUACCGCUGCUUUCCUGAUGGGCAAGCCCAUUCUGACUUGAUGUGCACGGGGGAUAAGGACGUGGUGAACGAGGGCCGUAAGAGCUUCCCUAGUGGACAUUCUUCCUUUGCAUUUGCUGGUCUGGCCUUUGCUUCCUUCUACCUGGCAGGGAAGUUACAUUGCUUUACACCACAAGGCCGUGGGAAAUCUUGGAGAUUCUGUGCCUUUCUAUCACCUCUGCUUUUUGCAACUGUGAUUGCACUGUCCCGCACCUGUGACUACAAGCAUCACUGGCAAGAUGUGCUAGUUGGAUCCAUGAUUGGCCUGACAUUUGCCUAUGUCUGCUACAGGCAGUAUUAUCCUCCUCUGACUGAUGCAGAAUGCCAUAAACCACUUCACAACAGACUUGUACUUCCCACUACACAAAAGAAUUCUAUUGAUCCUUAUCAUUUUGAUAUUUAGAAAUUGGAGCUACUGCUAUAGAGAAUAAUAGGUGAAUCAACCCCUUCUAUCUGGACCAUGGGAUGACAAGAAUUUCCUACCUUUU